CAAUUCAAUGGCGGCUGGCCGCAUGAGUCACACAGUGUCGGCGUCCUUGCUCCACCUGCCACAACAUCGUCGCAUCAGCAGCGGGUGUUGUUUUGUUAGGCCGACAGAGCUGCAGCAGCCAACAGGAGCAGCCGCUGCCCGCCGCCGCCACACAUAGAGCAGCAAUGCCUCAGCCAUAAGCAACUAUAACAACAGCAACAACAAGGGCGGUAACAAUAAUCACACAGCAACAACAACAACCUGAUAUUUUUUGGGUGCUGACAUGUCCCAUUUGCUGAGGCGCACCAAGAAGUCCUGUCUCAAGCUGCUGCGCAAAAUAUCCACAUCAAAGCAACUGUUUGUGCAGCGUCUGGACGAGGACAUUGAAGAUGAUGAAGAAGAGCAGGAGAACGGUGCGAAGCAAGAGCAGCAAUCGCCAGCAAUGAGUUGCAGCUUGGAUGCGGCAAACGACGAUAAGCAAUACAGCAUGUGCCACCAACAACAGAACCAGAAUACCCCGGAACCAUCCGUCCAAUGUUUGGAAUACGCCUGCGAAGCGGCAAUCCUUGAGGAAGAGCAACGGGAGCCGGAGCAACUGCAGUCGUCUCUCAACAUCACAUUCGACUUGAUGCACUACAAGGAGAAUGUACGCUAUUUGCGUCACACACCCUCCAAUUCAAGCCUAGAUCUUCAGCUGGAGCUGCAGCAGCAGCCACAGCAGCAACAACAACAACAACAGCCGCCUCAACUCCUGACGAGGGAUAUCCCUGCUCCACGCCCCUGCAGCGUUAGCGUUGGAUCCAAGUUCGAUGGCAACUACCACAAUGUGAUCAUCAUGGAGCAGCCGCCCAACGAUGAUUAUCCCAUUGUCAAAUGGGACAUCAAUGGCAACUCUCUAGAUGAGGAACACUUUGAUCUGCGCCAGCAUUGGGAUGCUUUUGACAAUCGCUGGCGUCAGCUGCAGUCGGCGCAAAGCAAACGCCUGGGCAGCGCUCAGUCCCAGAGAUCGAGUCAUCAUUCCAGCUCCUGUACCCUCGAGACAUGGAUCGAUGAUGCGGAGCUGGGACUGUGCGAUGACUCGCAGAAUUUACUGCAAACCAACAACAACUGUAACCAUUGCCUUAAGAGUUUCUGAGUAUUGCGAAAAAAGCAAUUGCAAAAUAGUAUUUCCCGCAAAAAAAAGAAAAACUAAAUGAAAAGCAUGUUAACGAAAUCAAUAAUCGGAAUUUUCUCUGCGCUCGCUCGACGUUAGUUUUUCUAAGAGAACUUUCCAUUUUUUGAAAAUUAUACGGUCUAUUUUGA